AGUAUAGGUAAUAUGCACUACGUAUUAUUCGUAUAUAGGUGUAUCGCGUCGGUAACGACGAUUUCGAGAUCGUUUUGGCUACACCGCCGCAGCCUCCGCUGCCGGUAUGGUCGACUGCGACUCGCACAGCUGUAGCGCCGGACCCGCGUGGAAGGACGCCGUCGGGAAGCUGCGACGGAUCGAGAGGGACGACCGGGCGUUCGUAGACGCCGCCCCGAACACCGAGAGAAACCUGGUGCGAGCGAACGCGGCCAGGCUGUACGUUAGAUAUAUGGUGACUAUUAACGAACUAACAGUAUGUCAUGAUUGCAUUAUACAACCACAGUUACGGAUUUUCAUAAAAAAAUUAUUAAUGUGCACUUUUGGUCGCAUUCUUGAGCUCAAACAAAUCCUUAUUGAUGAAGACUUGUCAAUAUACACACCGAUAAUUGAAGAAUUGAAUAAUAUGAAAAUAACCUAUGACCAGUUUGAAUUAAGAAUACCUCGGUUUAAUCGAAAUGAGAGACGAUCAUUUUUAAAUGAUAUGGACAAUAAGAUUGAUGAAAUAAAUAACCGUAUUGUGAUAGAUGAAAACGAUAACUUAUUAAGCGAAAUACAAAAUGAAAAUAUUCAAAAUAUUCAAACAGAAGAUGCAAAGCUAUCCAGUACUAGUCAACAAUCGUCGGAAUCUCAAUUUGAUGUAGAAAAAUUUGUUUUUGAUGUGGAACCUGUACAUACAUUUCAAAAAAUUAUAAUUGAAGACAAUUCAAGAGAAUUAGCUAUAAAAUUCAUUCAAAAACAUAUCAGAGCAGUAAAAGAUCGUGUAACUGUCAAUGAAUUAAUAUUUGCUAGAAUAACUAGAAACAACAUAAUUUCUGGGAAAUAUAAACAACCUAGUAAAGAAAAAAGUAGAGAAGCGGCAGUCAAGAUUCAACGAUGUUGGAGAUAUUAUCGAUUAAUGAUUCAAACUAAAGCUAGGAGACAAAGACGACACACUCUACUUGGUAUGCAUAUAACAAGUGAAAAACUAAAUUUUAAUAUUAAUUAUGAGCUAGAGGAUACAAUUCAUAUACAACAAACUGAAGCAGACUCAGAGUACCGUAAAGUCAUAACUAAAUUAGAAGAAAAUUUUGUCAAACGCAACAAAUAUGAAUUAAUAGAAGAUAUUGAAGAUGAGCUUAGAGCGUACGUAUGGAAAUAUUUUGAAAUGUGUCACCAUUUACCAACGUGGCCAGAUUCAAAACCUAUCAUGUUCUCUGACGAUAAUAAUAAUAUUAUUGGAUUACCACCGAUAAUUUUAUCGCCAGCUAUCUUAAAAGAGUUAAAUAUACCUGAUAUACAUUAUAAGACGGCAUUAAAACAACGAUUACCGCUUGGAGGUUCGGCUAUUUUUCAAACAGGAAGGUGGAUGACCAUAGAAAUGGCUGAAAUACUUUCCAUGUUGAUUAUAGAAUUUGAAAAGAAACCCGCAAAAGAGAAAAAGGAACUAAUGAAACAAUUAGCAGAAAAAAAUAAAGCUGAAAAAGAAAAAAAUUUAGAAGCCGCGAAAACUAAGGAAAAGUUAAUAGCAGCAAUUAAAAUUUUGGGUGUCGUUUUAAAACCAAGUGGAUUAAUGGAAUGGUUUAAAGACACAUUUAAUGAAUAUGAUAAUAAUUGGGCAUUAUAUAAUGGAGUAGAAAAUAAACCUAGGGAAGAUCUAAUAAAAUCUGAAAUUUAUUCAAAGGCUCAGGUGGAACUUAGAGCUAUAGUUGAUGAAACUAUUAAGGAAGAAUUAGUUUUUUUAAAAAUGGCAUAUGCUCGAGAUUUAAGUAAAAUUGUUAUUAAAAUAUUAUAUGCAUUUUAGUUUUUAGUUUUUCAUAUAAACUAUACAAGCUAA